CAACGAGAGGAAGAAAUCCCCCUUCCUGCAACCCGAGCCAAGCAGCUUCACUUCCGCUACACCGGAACGCGAUGACACCACCCUCUGACGACGGCAAGCCGGCGGCUGAAGGCACACCAAAGAGCGGCAGUGACCUGGCUCAACAGCAGCAGGCUCUCCUCCAGCAGCAGCUCCAACAGCAACAACUGCAGCUCCUCCAGCUCCAGCAGCAGCAGCUCCAGAACCUGGCCAACCAAAAUAUGAGCCCCACCGAACUCGCGGCGCUGCAACAACAACAGCUCGCGCUAUUCAUGAUGCCCAUGUUUCCACUAAUGAUGCCGCUCCAGCAACAGGCGCUGGCCGCGGCCGCGGCGACGACUGACGGUUCAAAUCCAGCCAUCUCGACGUCCGAAGAGGCCGUUAGUGCAUCUACUGAGACUGCAGAGGAGGAUGCAGCCGAGUCUGUGGCUACUGUGUCUGGGGGCGACGCCUCGCCAACGUAUCAGACUGCGACUGCCGAGUCGCUGGGACUCACGCCGCCCUUUGUGGGCACCGACGGAUUUGGAUUGCUUGCAGGGACGCCCAGUAUGGAGGAGAUGCCUAAGCGCAAACGCGGCCGACCACCUAAGAAGGACGUGGCGGCACGAGCCAAGGCUGAGAUGGAAAAGACUCUGAAGCAGCAGUUCCCUAUGUGGGGAUACGGUCUGCCAAUGCCAUUACUACCAGGUUUCCCAGGUAUGUUGCCUGGCAUGUCAAACCCGGGUGCUGUUGUCAAAGAUCACUCUGCGGAUGAUGCGUUAAAAGACGAAGACGGGGAUGGUGAACGUCCUUCUAAGAUGGCGAAGAAGAAGCCGCGGGGAACAGGCAAACCUCGAGGCAGACCACGCACGCGUCCUCGUCCCGGUGAGAUUAUUCGUCGAGUAAAGCCCCUCCCUAUUGCGCCCGCAAACUAUUCGGUUAUGUACAACUAUUCUCUCUCCAACUUGGCACAAAAGAGUGCGGAGCUUAAUGCCGAUGGAACCUCAGCGGAUACGGACACUACGACGAUCACGGACGAAGCACAAGAUGAGAACCGACUGGCGCCUCUGAGCGCGUCACUGCUGUCUGGAGAGCAUGAGUAA